AUGUCAGCUGAGCUGUCAGCGGCACAGGAUGUGGAGAUGUUUACACCAAGUCUGUCCUCGGAACAACAGAGAGAGCUGGCGGGAAGACUCACCACUUUUCUGUCUCAGUACAGCCGCUUAUCCGACUCCUACAUAAUUGAGUUCUUCACUGAGGAUCUGUGGCACACUUUACCCAGCACCUGGCAGCCUGUGCUGCAGGACCUGUCGUAUCCACAGGUUGCGGAUCUUUUACUGGAUGCUACACACAGAGACAGGAGGUAUCCUUCCGUGUGGCCUCUGUCUCUCCUGGCUUUCCGUGCCACAGCUCAUGCCUUGGCAUUUCCCAGAGAGUGCGGUCGGGAGCGAAGCAGGGAAUCCAGCUCGGUGAAACCCGAGGAGUUCCAGGAAAACCAGAGUCAGAGCUCGCUGCUGGGCCACAUCUUCAGGAAACACGUCAAACCCAAGAAACAGCACGAGAUCCGCAAGCUGGGCACGCUGGUGAAACAGCUGUGUGACCAGACUGACUGCAGCAGAGUGGUGGACGUAGGCUCUGGACAGGGUCACCUGACCCGUUUCCUGUCCUUUGGGCUCGGACUGUCUGUGACUGCCAUUGAGGCUGAUCGCACCCUGGUUGCCAUGGCGUCCAGGUUUGACGGACAGCUACUGUGGGCGCUGGAGAAGGAAAAGCAGAAAAAGAACUGGUCGUCUCAGCUCCCAGCAUCGCAGUCCUCUCCCCGCCAUGUAGCCGGAUGGGUAAACCCCAAGGCAUCUUGGGAAGCUUUCAUCAAGCAGCUGAGUGCAACUACUGAUUGUUUGAGCGAAGGUCCUCUCACUCCACCUGGACCAAGCAAAAAGAAACUGCGGGGCUCUAAGCAUCAUCAGGGGCGUUCUCAUGAGGUCCAGACUUCACCAACUCGUGCCUACAAGGACUCUGAUGCUCGCUCACAGGAUCAGCCGAGCGGGAACAGGUCUGAGGAGCAGUCAUCUCCUGAAAACUGCUGCUCCUGCACCCAGCCUGUGCGUCAGGAGGGGGUUCGUCCUGAAGAACACAGCCUGCGAAGCUACCCAGACUUUGUCCUGACUGGCCUCCAUGCCUGCGGCGACCUUAGCGCCACCCUCCUCCGCCACUUUGUCAACUGCCCUCAUGUCCGCGGCAUCACCUCUGUGGCGUGUUGCUACAUGAAAAUCACAACCAAAGAAAACCCCGCCCCUCCGGGACUGGUUGAACCCCCCACUCCACUGGCUCCGGGUCAGGAAUCGGUUCCCUCAGAGUUUGGCUACCCGAUGAGCUCCUGGGUGCGGGGGUUGUCAGGACACCAGCUGUCCUAUAAGGCGCGUGAGGGGGCGUGUCACGCAGUGGAGGACUACGUACGGAGGCUCAGGGAGGAGAGCGAGCUCCUGAGGACGCACUGUUAUCGGGCGAUGCUGGAGACUUUCAUCAGGGAUACAAGGCCGGAUCUGCGUAGGGCAGGAAUCCAGACCAUAAAGAAAGCUCACUUGUUACCCUUUACAGAGUACGCCCGUCUGGGUCUGGAUCGGGUCGGCCUGCCUCCUGAGUUACCCCUGGACCCGGAGCGGGUGGAGACCAUGCUGAAGCAGCAGGGCCGGGUGGUGGUGUACUUCACCCUGGCCCUGCUGCUGGCUCCUGUGGUGGAGACGUUGGUGCUGCUGGACAGGAUAAUCUACCUGCAGGAGAACGGUGUGGACAGUCAGCUGGUUGCUCUCUUCGACCCAAACUUUUCUCCGAGGAACUUUGUGCUCGUGGCUCUGAAGCCCCGUUGAUAGGCAACAACAAAAAAGGGAAAGUCAUCAGACUUCUUCACUCCGUGGUAGAAAAAGUCACUUUCACCUUUUCACGAUCACGAAAGUCAGGUUCUGCUUCAUGUGGUAGAAAGUUUCCUCAGUCUUAAGGUUUUUUUGGUUUUAGCUUAUGUUUUUAGAGAUGUAUUAAAAAGUGAACAUCAAGGGAAGAUUUUUUUAAAAUGGCCUUUUGACAUCAUCUGAGCUGCAGAUGUAUUUUUGCCGUAAUGCUGCAGUAAAACCCGUCAGAUGUUCAGCUUCACUGGAACAUGCUGGUGUUUUAUUGACAUCGUGCACGUCACACUGGCUGUCGCUCUGCAACGUGUUCAUGGCUUUGCUGGUUUUUUUAAUUUUAUUUUAUUAUCCGUGUUUUGUGCUUUAUUGUAUCUGUAAUUGCAAAGCAAUAAACAAAAUGAAUGCUUUUAA